GUCACUUCCUUAUUCUUUAGUGUACAGUGAAACUUUUCAACCCCACAGACACGGCCGGACUUUUGGGACUUUUUUUUCUUCAAACAAGCUAACUUUAGUACUAAAUGUUCGAACCAAACUAACAAGCAUUCCUCGCUCCGAGCUGACUGAAGUUAGAAGUUAUAAUGGCUGAUAGCCGAGAAGAGGAGAUAGACGAAGGAGAGGAACUCCAGGGCGCCGUAGGUGGAGAAGAUGUCAUUGAUGAUCCCAUCAUGGAGCAAGGAGCAGUGAUCCUUAGAGGGUAUGUGAUUGAACGUAUAAACACAGAGGAGCCUAGUCGACACGUGACCUCUGAGACUCUGGGAGGAAGGCCAAAUGAACAACAGGACCCACAAAUUAAAGAAGUGGUAGAACAGCUGAUCAGGAUUGCAGAUGAGUUCAACCGGAACACUGAGCUCCAUCAUCUGAUCAACCACGUUCCGGACGACUGUGCUCGGAACAUCUUCAUGAAUGUAGCAAGGAAAAUCUUUGCUGAUGGCAUCAACUGGGGUCGAGUGGUGGCUCUCUUCCAUCUGGCCCACAGACUCAUACUCAAGGCGAUGAACUCCAACCGUCUAGAAAACAUCCAAACAAUCAUCAGCUGGGUUCUGCAGGUCAUCAAAGAGCUGCUCUACGGCUGGCUUGUUCAGCAGGGAGGCUGGGAGGGGGUGAUCCGUGGUAUUUCACGCUGGAGGACUCUAACCAUAGUAGCAUCAGUAGCAUUGGUGGCAGCUAUUGUUUUCUACAGAAAGACCCGCUGAGAACUUCGGACCUGGCAACCAGGGCUGCUGUCCCAUCUCCUGGAUAAACGCAGCUAAAUAAUGACAGUGUCUGG